UUUGGGGAUCAAUCAACAGUCAAGCAGCGUCUGAUACUCUGGAGCUCAUCCUCCCCGCCCUCUCCCUCUCCGAGUCUCGUGCUGUGAAUCGCGAAGGACGGCCUCUCAUUGGCUAUUGACGGACACCCGGAACAGGUCGCUCUCCUCGGUGCUGAAAUCGCUGCUCGUCGUGGUAAUGUGAACGGCGAUGAGGCCGAACGGAGCGUCCGCCAGUAAACAGUAAAAUGGACGAUGAUCUUUUCCAACUGAGACAGCUGCCGUGAGUAAAUUCCAGCUCGUUCUGUAACGCCCUUUGUUUUUUUUUCUUUCAGUCCAUCAUCUUCAAACCGUGACACCAUGUUUGUCUGACGCUUCGCCCUCUGAUGUCUUCGUAUCGUGUUUGCUUGAUUAGCUGGUUACAACAUAAAUAGCCCGCAAAUCUUUAAAAAAGCAGUCAUUUUAUCACCACACAUGUCCUCCUACAUUACCUAAAAAUGUCCAAGGGUAGGGAGAGAAGUAAAAAUAAACUGGUGUGUUCAUACAACUCUGGAGGUGCAGUUUGUUUACAGCCGUAGACUAUACCUGAGAAUACCAUUUUGCUUAAAUAUACACUCAAGAAGCAGGUUUGAUAGGGUCAGCAGCCCGCCUUGACUUGCAAUGUGUUUGCUGUUAUGACUCAGUACCUAACGUGAUUUAUUGCCACCCUGUUGUCCAUUCAUUAAGCUAAAGGCUGGCCCACACAAGUCAAGCCUGACCAUCAUCUUUAAGACAUACUUGAAAUAAUAAUAAUACACAAAGUUCAAAUAGAAAACAACAACUAUAUUUGUCCUUUUUUAUUCGAUUAAGUAACGAUAUUACUAUUUAUGGAUGAUCUGGACUCUGAAACUUAACUGUAAUCAGUUAAUAAACAAAUAAAGAAAGAAUUCACUACAAACUAUUACUGAAUAUACUUAUUAAUAUUUCUUGGAUUUUUAGAAUUAAGAUGUAAGUGGUUGAACAUCUCUCAAAACACUCAUCUGCUGCACUAAGACUUACCAUUGCGAGUAGGCUGUGUUAUGUAAUUACAGUGAUUAAGACCUAGCUGGCUCUCUCCAAGUUCUCCUUUCGUGUUCCUCCUUAAUUAACCAUCUUCUUAUACAUGUGAGAGAAGAUAACACCGUCUGUCUGCAGUAAGCAUCCCCUUUUCUGGGGUGCUUAGGCAUUUUAAGCAUGCAGAACAGUGCAGAGCUGUCAGUUAGCCCGACAGUAGUUCAAUUACAGGACACUAAAAGCACAAAAUCACAGCAAAAAAACAGUGCACAUCACCUAAGCAACAGCAUCUGAGCCCAAUUUGAGGUGCUUUUAGUGACCUUACCACGGAACUCUGUGUGUUGGGUCUCCAUUUAGUGCUAUGGUAGAAGUUUUACCCAACAAGAAGCCCCUGCUCAGUAGAUAGUACAUUUUAAAGGCCAGGCCUUACAAUUUGAUUAAAUUAAAAAAAAAAAAAAAAAAAGUCCCCAUGACUAAAAGUUCUGGGUCCUUUUGGGCGAAAAGCAUCUUUAGACUCUGUUUUGCUCUCUUGACAAUAGUCAUCUGAUACUCAUGAGAGGUUGGUGCUUCAGUUUUUCAAAUAAAGAUUCUCGUUUUUUGUCUUCUAGUGUCGUCCGCUUUCGUCGCACAGGAGAGAGCGCGCGUUCCGAGGACGAUGGUGAGAACAAAGAUCGAGUCAUCAAGAUCGCAGAGCAGACUGAUCUGGAGUCGGUGGCGCUUGCAGAAGGAGCUCCAGUGCCUCGGGAGUUUGCCAAUCCAACUGAUGGUACAGUAUGGCUGGGCUUCAUUUAACUUAUUUCUCCUCUCUUCCCCUCAACAUUUACAAUUUUAGUCUAUAAUCAUCUUGUAUAGAGCUGCAGAAAACUCACUUUUUAUUGUAUGAGUUAGGCUGAUAAUGUUUUAAUCUGUCUGCAAGAAACCACAUUGAUUAAUUGAACACCAAGAGCUAUGAACAUUAAAGCUAAAGCUCUCUUUUGAAGCUCUGAGACCACUGCUUAAGUUCUUGUUGAAAUAUUUUCACAUCUCCCCAGACACCUUUAUGGUCGAAGAUGCUGUAGAGGCCAUAGGCUUUGGGACAUUCCAAUGGAAACUCUCCAUCCUCACUGGUCUGUCCUGGGUGAGAAUCACUUGUUACCAAAAUAUACCACUGCAUACUUCAAGUCACUGUGCGUGUGUACGGACACUUUUUCAAUAAAUACAUUGAAGUUUUCUGUUUUCUUAGAUGGCUGAUGCUAUGGAGAUGAUGAUCCUCAGUAUCUUAGCCCCACAGCUGCACUGUGAAUGGAGACUGCCUAGCCUUGAGGUGGCAUUGCUUACAUCGGUAAACACUCUUUCAUGUCUGUAAAGUACACUUAGUGUCUCAUGAAUGUCCUGAUAAUUAUUGUGGAAGUGCUCAGGGUUUGGGGUUGUGGAAAACAGUGGACCACUGAUGGUUUACCGUCAGUAAAUAUGUGUUGAAUUUAAAUUGCCAUCAGUGGUUAGAAACAACAGGGGACCUACAAUAGACCUUGCAUCAAACCAUUUACAGUGUAGUUGCUAUAUGUUUACAAUAAAAUGUAAUUAAUCAGUGUUCAUGGGAGGAUAAUCAAAUGAAAAAUCCUCAUCACACACAACAAAAUGCAACAGCUCCGUCUAGUUUGUAAAUGUGCAUGAAAGGUAUGAGCCAUAUGAAAUGAUAUUACAGUCACUGCAGCAUUCCUGAUCCCAUAAUCAAUCUAUUCCUCAUCAAUUCAGGCAGUUUUUAUUGGGAUGAUGAUCAGCUCCUCUCUCUGGGGAAACAUAUCUGACAAAUAUGGCAGAAAGACAGUAAGUUCUAAAAAAGCCUAUUUGGCAUGGAUUAAUUUAUCAUUUUAUUCUCUUUAAGACAAACUCUUAUCAGACUGUUUUCGUUGUUCCCACUCACAGGGUCUGAAGAUGAGUGUGCUGUGGACUAUGUUCUAUGGCCUGAUGAGUGCUUUUGCUCCAAUUUAUGGCUGGAUCCUCGUCCUACGUGCAUUGGUGGGCUUUGGGAUCGGCGGAGCACCACAGUCGUGAGUGACCCUCUGUUGUCUGUAAAAGCAACACCUGAUUUAAGACCUUGAGUGGGGAUUGAACGAGAUAUAUUCUUCCUGAUUAGGGUGACACUUUAUGCUGAAUUUCUGCCGAUGAAGUCCAGAGCCACAUGCAUAUUGUUGAUCGAGGUAUGGAGAAAACAAUGCGACUGUCUUACUCACCUUUCACCCACAUAAAAUAUGAUCUGCCCCUAAAACAGACAUGCAACAGGCAGGGUUUUAUGCAAUAGAGAUUUUUCCUUGCAGAUUUUUUGGGCACUUGGCACUGUGUUUGAGGUCCUGUUAGCAAUCCUGGUGAUGCCUACUCUGGGCUGGCGCUGGCUGCUUGGCCUUUCCACUAUUCCCCUCUUCAUCUUUGCCUUCCUCUGCUUUGUGAGUAUCAUUUUGUUAGUCCUGUAAAAUAUGUGAGAACAUUAAAUCACAGCUUUAUCAAUGGACAUCUCUGUUUUGGAAUCAGUGGCUACCAGAGAGUGCUCGGUACGAUGUGCUGACAGGGAAUCAGGAAAAAGCUCUGGCAACAUUAAAGCGGAUUGCUACAGAGAAUGGAGCUCCGAUGCCACUGGGAAAACUCAUUGCUGCCAAACAGGUAAAAGCUGUUUCUGCAGAGUUAAUGGAUCAACAUGAGCACCUUUUCAUGUUGCAUUUUGUCUGCUCUUCAAAACUAGGAGGACCGUGGAAAGAUCAAGGACUUAUUUUCAUCACACUUUCGCUGGACUACAGUGCUGCUGUGGUUUAUUUGGUAAGUGGAGAGGAUGAUUGUGCCACCCAGUCAUCAUCACUCACUGAUUUUAGAUUUUUUACUCACUUCUCUCAUUCUGUGUUUCUGUCUUUUCAGGUUUGCAAACUCCUUUUCCUACUACGGACUGGUGCUGCUCACUACAGAGCUGUUUCAGGAGGGAGGUGCAUGCGGAAGUGAGUCACCAACACAACAAAUGCACUCACUCACACAGGAACAAACACUCACACUUAAUUUGGCCAUCAACAGAAAAUGUACUGUAGCUCUGUGACUCGUGUGCUGAGCCCUGGGGCAUCAAGUGGAAAUUCUAGUCUUUUAAAUAUAGUUUUUAAUUAAAUAAAUCAUGAAGAAUGAUUGAUUUUGAUUGGUUUAAUUUUAUUUCAAACAUUUAUUUCAAACAAUUAAAGCAAAGUGGUCAUAUUGAAAAUAGUCUUAUUAUAAUCUUCAUGUAUCCUUAUCGAUAUUACCUCUACUUUCAUUAUUUUCUGAAAGGUAUUACAUUACAUUAUCUUUGUCACACAACACAAACAUGUAUUACUAUGUUCAGGGACCUUAUCCUGGAACUCUGUGUGUGACUAUAUCACUGAUUACACUGGCAAUACCUACUGGUUGAUGUAAUAGAGUCUAAGUCACAGUUGUGAUUUCUCUGAAGGUCAAAACUGUCCAUACUGUGCUCUUUUAAAGUAUAAGGAAAAAUGCCUGAUUUGUUAUCUUUGUUUGUCUCCCUCUAGUGUCCAAAAGUAAUAAGAUGGAGCUCCCAUGCAGCCUGGAGUGUAAAUAUCUGAACUCUGACGACUACAAAGACUUACUGUGGACUACCUUAUCUGAGUUCCCAGGUAGACAGCACAUCUUUAUCUGUGUCUUCACAAACUUAUCUACAGUGUAUGUUUUAAAAAAAAUCUGGAUCUUAUGGUAGCGAGCAUGGUGAAUCAUAAACACUACCUGAAUGACUCAAUAUUGCAAAAAAAAAUAAAGGUAAUUAUGGCUAAUUACCUUCAUUUUUUAUUUAUUUUAUUUUUAUUUUAUUUUUAAGAUGCUAAAGUUGCUGAAAUGAUGAAAGGAAAUUACAAAACAAGUGGUACUUAUAUUUUAUAGGCAUGUUGACCUACCCAGAGUAAACACUUUAAAUGUAAUGAAAGAGAAAAUCAAAUAAAAAUGAGCUAUUAUCACUGUCUCUGUUUCCAGCUCAGAAAAAAAGUCUGUGCAUAUUGUCACAAAUGAGAGCAUUUGAUCAUUUCAGGGUAAAACAUAAAUCACACCAUCUUUUCAUAUUUGAUAACAGGAAUUUCUGUUGUCGUUACAGGACUGCUUGUGACCCUAUGGGCUAUUGAUCGAUUAGGAAGGAGGAAGACCAUGGCCCUGUGUUUCUUUAUCUUCUCCAUGUGCAUAAUUCCUCUCUAUGGUUGUGUUGGGAGGUAGGUGGAAACUGGUAAAAGUGUUUAUGCAAAAUACUAAUUUAGAGGUAUUUGGCCAUUAUUGGAUGAGAGAGGUGAAGAAAUAGAUAGAACAUAGGGAAUAGAGAGUGGGGUAUAUCAUGCAACACAGGAUGCCUAGACCAGCACAGAAAAUAUUUAAAAUCAAACUUUGAUCUAGUGUUUCUGGUCUUUUGCAGAGCAUCUAUGACUGUGCUGAUUUUCAUCGCAAGAGCUUUCAUUGCAGGCGGGUUCCAGGCUGCAUAUGUGUACACUCCAGAGGUGAGACAUCUAACAAGAUAAACAAAGUAAAAAAUAAAAAAAUACAGUUUUCUCAAUAGCUGAGAGCCAACAGUGCAACAGCAUCCUCAGUACUUUCUGAAUCUCUCCAGGUUUACCCAACAGCCACCAGGGCUUUGGGUUUGGGAACCAGCAGUGGGAUGGCUAGAGUUGGAGCCCUCAUUACACCUUUUGUUGCACAGGUAACGCCCACCCUCCAGAGUUGUCAUUUGAAUGCUCCUUAACACAGCAAAAUAGUGAACAAUGUCACCGUUCUUCUACCUGCAGGUGAUGCUGGAGUCAUCUGUGUAUCUGGCUCUCUCUGUGUACUGCUGCUGCUGCCUCCUGGCUGCCGUUGCCUCCUGCGCACUGCCAAUCGAGACAACAGGCCGGGGCCUGCAAGAAUCCAGCCAACGCGAGUGGGGCCAAGAGAUGGUGGGUAGGGCCCCCUCUCAGGGCUCAGAGGGAAUCCCUCAGUCCAGCCCCGCCUCCCAGGGCUGAGGACAGGCCGGGGAACAUCUGAGAGAGAGCUGACUGUGAUGAGGACAAGAGGGGAAGGGACAAGGAGAAGCUUUCUGUGUCCUUCUCCCAUCCUAUGACUCUUCAGUUUAGGCACCACAGUGGCUUCUGAGAGCCAGGCAGCACAAUAGUAAAUAUUAUUGUUUUAUAGUCUUCAGCCAACAUUGCUGUCACAAUUUUGCCACUGACCAACUACACAUUGGUGUCAGGAAAGAACAAAUAACCCACAUGGGUGCAAGUGAAAAGUAAGCGGAGAACAAAAUGGGACAUUCAUGAACAAAUGAGAAAUCAAAUACUUCAGGCAAAAUGUUUGAACAUUGCAUUUCUUAUGUAAAAGAAACAAAAGUGAAAACAUGCUGGGAGUUAGCAGAGUUAACUUCAAAUAAACAUCAUCUUCUCAAAGAGCCUUAAAAAAAACAACCAAAUCUUCCAGUGUUCAGAGAUGUACUUUCAACCUGAUGAAAAAGAUUAGUCUCUUAACAUCUUGGAAGUAGAUGCGUAGAUAAGAAAGAACAAUAACUUGUGUAAACAAAUACUUUCGUUGCAAGCUCAGCUUUAUUAAAAGUGCAUCAGAGGGGAGGACAGUUACAUCAUGAAAUCAACAGACCCUAAAUCCAAUAGGAUAGAGAAGACAUGCUGCACACACAGUCACUGAUUUUCUUCAGUUUUUCUUCAAUCAUGUUAUUGUUUCCUUUUACUCGUGUCAGUAUUGUUUCACAUGUAUACAUGGACCAAGCAGUUAUUACUCUGGUAUCGAUGAAAAUAUCAGUUAAUAUAUUGAUCAUUAUGAGUUCAUUUGAUCAACAAAAUGGAAAAUCCAAAGCCUCCAAUAGAAUCAAAUAACAUCUGAGCAUCACACAGUGACGACAUUUCCCAUUUAGAGCACAAUUAAAAGAGUGGGCUGCUUUCUAAAGACAUUAUUUCACUGAAAAUUGAAGGAUUGGGAAAUCUUAAUUUGAGUCAUUUCAUCAUCCAUAUCUGACAUGCCUCAGUUAGUCACAUAACUCCAAGGUGACAUUUACAUAAAGAUAUGGUUUUGGGACCUUUAAACCCUGCUGCAUCUCUCACACACAGGUUCACAUUUACGCACAGUCAUUUAACUGGAUGUUUCAUUCUGUAAAUUCUGUAUCAAUACUUGGUUUAAUUGUUGUCUUUGUUUUUGAUUGUGACAAAGGUGAUGUGAUGACAGAUUCGGCCCUGUCAGAUUCUACCAGUAACACAAUGAGCGAAGUCAAAGACAGAGUUGAACUAGCACAGGUCCUGUGAGCUGACUCUUACCUGCCAGUGUUUGAUAUAGUGAGUGCUGCAUUGUCUGUGUGCACAGAUUCUUGUCAACACACUGGAUGUAAAUGUGUAUGAUACUGUAGUAAAUAACCUUUCAACGAGAGCAGAGGAUUGAUGUUGUUAUUUAUUACCUAGAGCUAUGCUGAGUUUAAGAGGUGUACAUUUGUCUUUCUGGAUUUCUGAAUGUAAUAUGAGAAUGAGUUAUCUCUUAAGAAGCAAUAGACAACAGCAAAGUGCAA